AUGUCUUAUUACCCAGGCCAAGGUCAGCAGCAUCAGGGUUAUCCGCCACAGCAGAAUUACGGAACUCCCCAACCUCAAUAUGGCUAUGGCCAACCACCGCCGCAACAAGGAUACGGGGGCCCGCCUCCCCAGAACUAUCCUCCUCAAAAUGGCUAUCCGCCUCCACAGCAAGGUUACCAAGGAUAUCCGCCUCAACAGCCGUCGCCCCAACCAGGAUAUGGCGGAGGCUACGGUGCGCCAUCACCGUAUGGAGGACCACCACCGACUGCAGGCCAAGGUUACGGUCCACCCCCAUCAGGAGGUCCUAUGUACAACGGCCGACCAGGGCAAUCACAGCGCCCCCCUCCCCCACCUCAAGGAGCCCAAGGCUUCGGUACCGGAGCUCCUCAGGGCUAUAACUUCGCAUAUUCCAAUUGCACAGGCCGUCGAAAAGCUCUUCUCAUUGGUAUAAAUUAUUUCAAUCAAAGGGGCCAGCUAAGAGGCUGUAUCAACGACGUCAAGAAUAUGUCUGGCUAUUUGAAUGGGCAUUUUGGCUAUGCCAGGGAAGAUAUGGUCCUCCUUACAGAUGACCAGCAGGCUCCCAUGAGUCAACCUACAAAGGCGAAUAUUAUUCGUGGCAUGCAUUGGCUGGUCAAGGACGCGAGGCCGAACGAUUCCCUUUUCUUCCAUUACUCUGGACAUGGUGGCCAGACUGAAGAUCUCGACGGCGACGAAGACGACGGCUAUGACGAGGUCAUCUAUCCCGUCGACUUCCGCCAAGUUGGACACAUCGUGGACGACGAGCUCCACCGCAUCAUGGUGCAGUCAUUGCAGCCUGGAGUGCGACUGACUGCAAUCUUCGACUCAUGCCAUUCUGGCUCCGCUCUGGAUCUUCCGUACAUCUACAGCACGCAGGGCGUGUUGAAAGAACCUAAUCUUGCCAAGGAGGCCGGCCAAGGAUUGCUUGGCAUCGUUUCUUCCUACGCCAGAGGCGAUUAUGGAGGCAUGGCGUCGACUGCAAUGGGCUUCUUGAAGAAGGCGACCAAAGGCGACGAAUCAUAUGAACAAUCUAAACGUACCAAGACCAGCCCUGCUGACGUCGUGAUGUGGAGUGGCAGCAAAGAUACCCAAACCUCUCAGGAUGCCCAGAUCGGUGGCCAAGCCACUGGCGCUAUGUCUUGGGCUUUCAUCACUGCGCUUAAGAAGAACCCACAGCAAUCCUACGUUCAGCUACUUAACAGCAUCCGCGAGGAAUUGGAAAAGAAGUAUACGCAGAAGCCCCAGCUGAGCUGCAGCCAUCCGCUGAGUACGUCGUUCCUGUUUCCUUACUCAUGA